AUGCAGUUCGAGCGCUUCUCAGACUUCUUUGCCCCGCCGCAGGCUGGCGCGAGGGUUGUGGAGGUGACGGGGUAUACCGCUGGCCAGUGGGGCAAGGACGAGUGGGAUGAUUGCCGAGGUCGAUACGACAUCUUCGUUGGCACCCCGGAGGUUUUCAGGCAAGCUCUCAUCGACACAGGUUUCCUCCGCCUGGAAGACUUCUCCCUCUUCGUGGUCGACGAAUGCCACCAUGUGUCUGGCGAGUCGGACGCGGCGGCGUUGAUGGCACACUUGCACUGCGACGCCGAGAACGAGCGCCCGCGCCGAAAGCCGCACGCGCGUGUGCGGGUUCUGGGGCUCACUGCUUCCAUCGUGAAGUGCAAGGCCGAACAGCGCCAUACUUUUGAGGAGCAUCGCCAGGCUCUUGUUGACGCUAUGCAGGCGCGCAUAGAAGUGUGCAGAGGGCCACCUCGUUACCCACCUAAGUUCAGAAAGGUAGAUUUUCAGGUGCCCCCCGAGGGCACCAGGUGCCUCGCGGAGCGACUGUGCAGAAUUGUGCUCGAGUGCGUUACGGAGCACGGUGUGAAGUCGAGCGAAAAGGCAUUCCAGAAGAUUAUCCGUGCCUCCAGCGUUGUCCUCGAGCAGCUUGGUCGGGACGCUUUCGUUUGGUCGCUCGAGCACGGCAUCGUCCCCCAGAUCGAGGCCAAGAUCGACGACGGGAAAGCGAUGCCCGAGACAGAGCGGCAUGCCCUGUUUCUGGAGGGACACCUGGACGCCCUCCGAGAGGGCAUCGGAGCGGCCAUGGUGCAGGUGAAGCAGGAGAUUUUGGAUGCGGUUUCAGUGAAAGCAGUCAGCGACAAGGUGAAAGCGGUUGUGGGAGUUCUGCGGGGGACGUUUGCUGACCAGCAGUUGCACGGCAUGGUGUUCGUGUCCGAGGUGAGCCUGGCCAUGCCGCUGGCCAAGUUGCUUCAAGACGAGCUCCGCAUGGAUGUGGAGGUCACUUCGGGCACCGGGUCUAUGAAAGAGCAGGACCGCAACGAUGCAUUCUGGAGGUUUCGUACUGGCAAGUCGCGCCUUCUCGUAUGCACCAACUGCGCCGAGGAGGGCGUGGACGUCUCCGCCUGCGCGUUCGUGGUCCGCUUCAGUGCCAUCCACACCUCGAAGGCCCACAUCCAAGGCGCUGGCCGAGCACGACUGCCUAGGGCGACCAUAUUCUACGUGGAGAACGACCCACCCGUGGAGAUCCAGAGGGCUGGGCUCAUGCAAGAAGUCGCGGCAGACGAGUCGCUGCCUGGCCCGUCUCCCGCCGCGGGCCGGCUGCCAGUGGGCUUCGAGCGCAUCCCUGGCAUGCACCCGUACGUUUGCCCCAGCACCGGUGCACAGGUGAAUUUCUCGGCGAAGCUGCUUUGGCUGUACGUCGCCAAGCUCACCAGCGGCCAGGCCACCAUCAGGGGCCGGACGCAGAAGGAGGAGGACGCCGCCGUGCCGAAGGUGCCACUGCUGGUCGACGCCUCGCAUGCGGGUGGCCCCGGGCUUGUGCUGCCGGGCCCAGGCGGGGGUUGCGUGCUGGCGGAGGCGGACGCCCGCCGCUUCUUCGAGGGCGCCCCGCGCGCGGCCGCGGUGCCGCCCGGCGUGGAGGUGCAGCUCUUCUACGUGGCCCUGCUGGUCCUGCGCCGCAGGGGCUGGCUCGACGAGCACAACCGCGUCCCGAGCAGGGUGCUGAGGGAGGCCGUGUGGCCCGUCGAGGUCAAGGACGGGACGUGCCGCCGCUGGUGCUGGAGCCAGGCUGGUGGCCGCCAGGGGUGCUCGGAGGCGUGCGCGAGCCCGCGCCAACGAGGAUGCCGGCCAGACACGGCGACGACGGGCCCGAGCGGCUGCGGCUCGCGAGCGGCAAGGAGCAGACCAAGCUCGGCGUGGUCAGGCUGGACCCGUGCGAGAUCCAGAACACGCAGAGGACAUCUUUGGAAGACAUUUUCUGACGGGCAGAGCGUCUUCAAGCUUAUGGUGGCGCUGGCCCUUGGAGAAAGCAAGGUUACCGACUUUCCCGCCAUUCGCGUAUCGUUCGAUGAGAGAUCGCGGCAGUGGUUUUCAGCAGACAACCGCCGCUGCUUCGUGUUGAAGGUCGUGGCCCCGUUGAUCGAGUUGGUUUCGGUUGAAGUGGAGCAGAUCAACUGGACCUCGGAGAUGGACAACAAGUUGGCUCAGAGGACAAUACCCAACCUUGUUUGGGCUACGACUCCAGAGAGUGUCGACGAGGUGCGCCAGGAGGUAAGGGACGCCGUGGAGUCGGCGUCCCAUGGAGCAGCGCCGAAGCACGACAGAAAGCAGGAUGUUGCCGAUCCGCUUGCGGCUGCUCUUGCGGCUGAGGUUGCCGAGCGCCUGGAGGAGACUGGCGCGGGGGCGCAGAGCGCUGCUGCGUACAUGCCAGCGCAGGUAGGACGGGCGAGGCCGCGCCUCGCCCUGACGCCCUACGCGCUGGCCAGGGCAGCGCAGCCUCGAGGGGUGGCACCGACAGCUCGCUGCGAGGGCAUCUUCCAGGGCGUGCCAGUGGCGCCAGGGCCUCUGGAGGGCGGCCGUGGCAGCGACGCCGGCCUGCCUGCGCCUGGGCUGGCGGGAAGUCUCACGCCGCCGGCCUUGCCCAACGCAGCCCGCUGCGCGGGAGCUCAUCAGGGCGAGCCAAUGGUACCAGGGCCGCUGGUGGGUUCCAUUAGCAGCGACGGUGCUUCGCUUGCGCCAGGGUUUGUGGAGAGCUCCACGCCGCCAGCAUCGCUUGGCACAGAGGGCAGCCACCAGGGCGUGCCAAAGGCGCCAGCGCCGCUGGGGGUCUGCAGCGCCAACGACGCCGCCUCGCUGGCACCAGGGCCUGUGCUGGGCCCACUGCCACUGGCACCGCCGAGAGCGUCUCACUGCUUGGGCAGGCAGGCCCCGCGCGCGGCAGGCCCCAUGGAGAUCCAGACGUCCCUGCCGACGCGUGCCGCAUUCAAUGACGUGGGCUGCCGCCAGGGCGUGCCACUGGUGCCAGAGCCGCUGGUGGCCGGCCACAGCAGUGCCCGCGCCCCACGGGCGCCAGGACCCGUCCUGCACGCGGGCGGGGGAAGUCCUGCGCUGGCAACGCUGCCGGGCACGGAGUACGGCAGAGAUCGGGUCGCGCGCAUCCUGAGGAACGUGCAGGCGCAGGUGCGGGCGCAGCCGCAGCCGCGCGUGCCGCCAGGUCCCCGUCUGCAGCCCCCAGCCGCCCCACAGCCGGCGCCGCGGCCGGCCAAGGCCCCGCUGAAGCGCGACGCCAGCGACUGCGAGCGGGUCCUGGGCCUGGUUGCCAGGGACCUUGCGCGAGCCGUGAGGCCUGGGGAGCUGGCGAGGGACCCGGUCAGCGUGCUGAACCUGGCGGUCAUGGGCCAUUUCAAGCCCCACUCGGAGGGCCGCGGCGAGGACUGGCCCGCUGGAACACCCAGGUCGAGGUCGGCUGAGGCCUUGUGUGGCCAGGGGCCUCGACGCACCUGGGGCCUGCACCACCAUUCCCUGGUCCUCGUCCCUCGCGUCGUCCUUUGUCCUCCUCGCCUUCAUCCUUCUAUCCCUCCUCGGCCUCUUCUCCCUCCUUCUGCUCCUCCAGCUCCUCCACCUCCACCUCCGGCUCCUGUCCCACUCCUCAUCCUCUGCUUUUCUGUCUUUAUUCGUGGGCAUAAAAAACGCCCCUACCCUGGUUUACGAGGCGCU